GAUACAUUGGUGUAGGAAUGUUGUCUGGUGCCAUUGCCGGAGAUGUCUUCACUUCUCCACCACCUAGAAGUAUUUCAGCUGCAAUCCGAAUUAUGCUCAGAGCAGGAGCAGCUGGUGUACUACUGAUUGUCAAGAACUACACAGGAGAUCGGCUGAACUUUGGCCUAGCCCUAGAGGAGGCAAAAGCAGAAGGCAUUGAUGUGGAGAUGGUUAUUGUAGCUGAUGAUUGUGCCUUCACUACACAAAAAAAAGCUGGAAGGAGAGGUCUGUGUGGCACAGUACUUAUACACAAAAUGGCCGGGACCAUGUCUGAAAUGGGAAUGCCGCUGAGUGAAAUUGUGGAGAAGCUGAAUGCCGCUUUAUGUAAAUUAGGUACAAUGGGAAUCUGUCUGUCCCCCUGCAGUGUACCUGGAUCAGAGCCAACCUUCAAUCUGGAAGCAGAUGAACUAGAACUCGGACUGGGUAUCCAUGGAGAAGCUGGUAUCGAGCGGAUAAAGAUGAUGUCAGCUGAUGAAAUCGUACAAAAAAUGAUUGAUCACAUGACAGAUCCCUCUAAUGAAUCUCAUUUGAAUUUAGAAGCUGGAGAUCAUAUUGUGUUGAUUGUGAACAACCUUGGAGGGCUAUCCUGCCUGGAAUUGAAUAUUGUGGCCAAAUCUGCAGUUAAAUAUCUGGAGCGUAAAGAGGUCAUUAUUGAAAGGGCCUACAUUGGAUCGCUAAUGACAUCUUUGGAAAUGGGAGGAACUUCUCUGACUUUGAUGCAUGUAGAUAAUGAACAACUGAAACUCCUGG